AAGGGAAAACGUGUAAGGCACAAUGGCAGUGUGGCGGUAGUAAUGUAAUGGUUUUGUCACGGAAACUAUGGUCUAUGGGGCGGGUUAGAUCUUGGUCACUCACUGCCUUGUGAAUUGUGAUUGUUUGUGAAUGCUAUUGCUACGUUCCCUCUCUCUCUCUUUCUCUAUAUAAGUCCCUUCUCUUCUCUCAUUCCUCUCAGAUCUCUCUCUCUUCCCCUCAAUCUCUCUAACCAGGGUGCUUGUGAGAAAUUAAAAAAAAAAUAUGGUGAAGAUUUGCUGCAUUGGAGCUGGCUAUGUUGGUGGUCCAACCAUGGCCGUGAUUGCCUUGAAGUGUCCUGAGAUUGAGGUGGCUGUGGUGGACAUUUCCACGCCGCGAAUCAGUGCGUGGAACAGUGACCACCUCCCUAUAUACGAGCCUGGCCUUGAUGAUGUGGUGAAGCAGUGUAGGGGGAAGAAUCUGUUCUUCAGCACUGAUGUGGAGAAGCAUGUUGCCGAGGCUGACAUAGUCUUUGUGUCGGUGAACACGCCGACAAAGACUCAGGGCCUUGGAGCCGGCAAGGCUGCCGAUCUAACAUACUGGGAGAGUGCUGCCAGGAUGAUCGCUGAUGUUUCCAAGUCAGACAAGAUCGUGGUUGAGAAAUCAACGGUGCCGGUGAAAACAGCCGAGGCAAUUGAGAGGAUUCUGACUCACAAUAGGAAGGGCAUCAAUUUCACAAUUCUAUCAAACCCAGAGUUCCUUGCUGAGGGUACAGCAAUUGCAGAUUUGUUUAAGCCUGAUAGAGUCCUCAUUGGAGGCAGGGAAACCCCAGAGGGUCAAAAGGCUAUUCAUGCUUUGAGAGAUGUUUAUGCUCAUUGGGUUCCUGUGGACAGAAUCCUUUGCACCAAUUUGUGGUCUGCUGAACUCUCAAAGCUUGCUGCCAAUGCUUUCUUGGCUCAGAGGAUCUCCUCUGUGAAUGCCAUGUCAGCACUUUGUGAGGCAACUGGUGCUGAUGUCUCACAGGUUUCCCACUCAAUUGGCACAGACUCAAGAAUUGGACCAAAGUUCUUGAAUGCUAGUGUUGGUUUUGGUGGAUCAUGCUUCCAGAAGGACAUAUUGAACCUGGUCUAUAUCUGUGAGUGCAAUGGCCUUCCUGAGGUGGCCAAUUACUGGAAACAGGUGAUCAAGGUGAAUGACUACCAGAAAAACCGGUUUGUGAACCGGGUGGUGUCGUCCAUGUUCAACACAGUCUCAGGGAAGAAGAUUGCAAUUCUGGGGUUUGCUUUCAAGAAGGACACUGGUGACACUAGGGAAACCCCAGCAAUUGAUGUGUGCAAGGGGCUUUUGGGGGACAAGGCUAAGUUGAGCAUAUAUGAUCCUCAGGUUUCUGAAGAUCAAAUCUUGAGGGAUCUUGCAAUGAAGAAGUUUGAUUGGGACCACCCUGCACAUCUUCAGCCAUUGAGUCCAACUUCCAACAAGCAACAAAUAUCUGUGGUUUGGGAUGCAUAUGAGGCAAUCAAGGAUGCACAUGGUAUUUGCAUUAUGACUGAGUGGGAUGAGUUCAAGAACCUUGAUUACAAAAAGGUUUAUGACAACAUGCAGAAGCCUGCAUUCGUUUUUGAUGGCCGCAAUGUUGUGGAUGUUAAAAAGCUGAGGGAAAUUGGUUUCAUUGUUUACUCCAUUGGCAAGCCUCUAGAUGCAUGGCUCAAGGACAUGCCUGCAGUGGCAUAAAGGAAAAGAAGCACAAGCUAGAGUUGAAUUUGUUGGUUUUUCAGAGAGAAUGCACCCAUCCUCAUAUAUUAUCAUGCUAUUCUUAAUAUAGUUUAGAUUUCUGUUGCUGUUUUCUUUUAAAUGUUACUUUUAUUUGAUCAGGUUUUAUCCCAAGUUAGAGAGCUUCAUUGCCUAAGUGUUGUCUUUAGCUCGCUAAGAAUCCUUAUUUGUUGACCUGGUUUAAUGUAAUAAAUGAGUACUGAGGGAAAUUUUAUACGACGGAUAUCAUUUCUUUUAUGUUC